AGCUGCUCACAGACGCAGGCGUGUGCGUCCAGGUGAGUUUACAGAUACACACUCAGGUGGUGAAGAUGAAGCGCAGCUGUGCGGUGAAAGGCGAGACCGACCCGCACUUCAACCACAGGAUGACCUUUAAACUCCGGGCGCAGCACUUGGACGAGGCCUGUCUGAGCAUCGAGCUGCAGCAGCCGAACGACGUCCCAUCAGAGCCUCCGGUCCUGCUGGGGGUUCUGGUUCUGGGGCCCUUCAUGUACGCCAGGGGCCAACAGCUGCAGCACUGGAUGGACAUGGUGAACACGCCACAGGAGCCCGUCAAGCUGUGGCACAGACUGAGCAGGGCCACUUAA